AAACGAGUACUCUUCACCUAUCUCCCACCUUCUCUCUCCCAGCAGUUUCAAUUUUGUCUGAAACACAAACACAUUUACAAAACGAUCUCUUCCUAUCCCUAGAUUUUCUCCUUUUUCUUUCUGGAUAUCGGCCUUUUCAACUUCUUUCUAUACGUCUGUGGGUGUAAUUCAGCUAUGGCUGACAGGGAUCAUGCCGUUGAUGACCUUUUCUCAUCGUUGAACUCCUCUCCGGCAAGUCCUCAAGUAAAUUCUGGUCGCAAUUCUCCGAAUUUGAUUAGUUUUGAUGAUGAUGGUGAAGAAGAUUUUGAUAACAACACUAGCACUAGUAAACCCCUUAUGGUUUUUGAUCGGUUCUACGAUUCGUCAUCGGAAGAUGGGAUGUACUCAACUGGGAGCGGCGGCGGCGGUGGUAGUACUGGUGGUGAUUAUUCUUUGGUGCAGGCCGCCGGAAAUCGGCUGGAUUACAUGAUGCAGUAUCUAGACCGGAAGUUAUUGACGGUGGAUGGAAAGGACAAUGAAGUUAAACAGGCGUUACCGGAAUUCAUAGGUAGUGGUGGAGGGCGUGGGAUGUUUAAGUUACCAGUUAGGGCUGCUGUACAUCCUGGCCGGCCGCCGAGUCUCGAAUUUCGGCCCCAUCCGCUUAGGGAAACACAGAUUGGGUGUUUCCUUAGGAUAUUGGAGGGGACUGGGGAUGGGAAGCAACUGUGGGCGGGGUCUGAGUGCGGUGUUAGGGUGUGGGAUAUGAAGAAUAUGUAUGCCGCAGGGAUGGGGGAGGGGGGAGAUGAGGUUGAAGUACCGUUUCGUGAGUCAGUGAGGACGUCGCCUACGUUGUGUUUGGUGGUCGAUGAUGGGAACAAGAUGGUCUGGAGCGGUCAUAAGGAUGGGAAGAUUAUCUGUUGGAAAAUGUUUCAAUCUUCUGAUGAACCCGAGGUUCCUUUCAGAGAGCGCCUUUCGUGGCAGGCUCAUCGUGGACCUGUUUUAUCGAUGGCCAUCUCGUCCUAUGGUGAUCUAUGGUCUGGAUCUGAGGGUGGUGCAAUAAUUGUUUGGCCUUGGGAAGCCAUUGAAAAGGCUCUCUUGUUGACAACAGAGGAAAAACAUGUGGCAGCUUUGGUCAUUGAGAGGUCGUACAUCGAUCUCAAGAACCAACUCACUACGAAUGGCAUCUCAUGUAGUAUACUUGCAGCAGAUGUUAAAUAUAUGUUAUCUGAUCGUUCUGCGGCAAAAGUUUGGAGCGCAGGGCCUCUGUCAUCUGCAUUAUGGGAUGCUUAUACAAGGGAGUUGUUGAAAGUGUUCAAUAUCGACGGCCUAGUCGAAAAUUUGACAGUAAUACAGGAUCUGACAGCAGAAGAGGAGGCAAAGAUGAAGUUUGCAUCUUAUCCUAAGAAAGAGAAAACACAGAGUGCAAUUAGUUUCUUCCAGCGUUCACGCAAUGCAAUAAUGGGAGCAGCUGAUGCUGUCCUUCGAGUUGCAGCCAAAGGAGCUUUUGGUGAGGAUUCCCGGAGAAUUGAAGCAUUGAUCAUAACGAGUGAUGGGACCAUUUGGACUGCAUCUACAAAUGGAUUAAUCACGAAGUGGGAUGCAAACGGAAACCGAUUGCAAGAAUUCCAAUAUAAUUCCCAUGCGAUUCGUUGCUUAUGUACAUUUGGAUUACGAAUAUGGGUGGGGUAUGCAAGUGGAACACUACAUGUACUGGAUCUUGAUGGUAAUUUGCUUGGAGAGUGGGUUGCUCAUUGCAGUCCUAUCAUUCGUAUGGCUGUUGGGCCAGGUUAUAUCUUUACAUUGGCCAAUGACGGCGGCAUACGUGGAUGGUGUAUAUCAUCCCCAGGGUCUUUAGAUAGCAUAUUAUGUUCAGAGAUAUCUGGCAAAGAAUUACAAUAUACAAGGCUAGAAAAUUUUAGAAUUUUGGCUGGCACAUGGAAUGUUGCCCAAGGAAGAGCAACACAAGACUCACUUAUAUCCUGGCUCGGUUCUGCAGCCAAAGAUGUUGACAUUGUUGCUGUUGGGUUGCAGGAGGUCGAAAUGGGUGCUGGGUUUCUUGCAAUGUCUGCUGCUAGAGAAACUAUGCAGGUAGGCCUUGAGGGAAGUUCUGCGGGGCAGUGGUGGCGGGACAUGAUAGGGAAAACCUUGGAUGAAGGUUCUAGUUUUCAUCGUGUUGGUUCUAGACAGCUGGCAGGCAUGCUUAUUGGAGUAUGGGUCAGAAAUAGUAUUAGAGGUGAUGUUGGGGAUAUUGAUGUUGCAGCAGUUCCAUGCGGAUUUGGAAAUGCUAUUGGUAAUAAGGGAGCAGUUGGUUUGAGAAUGAGAGUCUAUGGCCGGACUAUGUGUUUUGUGAAUUGUCACUUUGCUGCACACCUGGAAGCGGUCAAUCGUCGUAAUGCUGAUUUUGAUCAUGUGUACAAGACAAUGUCCUUCAGUCGUCCAUCAAAUCUUUCGAAUGCAGCAGCUGGUAUGGCGCCAUACCUUUUCUUAUCUUGCUUGCUUGCUUGCUCAUCUUAUUUAUCAUGGAUUCUCUAUGGUUCUCGCUUGGUGGCGGUGUUGCUUUUUGCAGCUGGAGUGUCAUCUGCUAUCCAAAUGGCUCGUGUUGCAAAUGCUAUGGGUGCCCUGUCUGUGGAUGAGUUGCCAGAGAUAUCCGAGGCAGACAUGGUUGUCUUUCUAGGUGACUUUAAUUAUCGGCUCGAUGAUAUAUCUUACGAUGAAGCAAGAGAUUUUAUCUCUCAAAGAAGCUUUGACUGGCUCAAAGAGAAGGAUCAGCUGCAUAUUGAAAUGAAGGCUGGCAGUGUUUUCCAAGGAAUGCGUGAAGCUGUUAUUAUGUUUCCCCCCACCUACAAGUUUGAAAGGCACCAGGCUGGUUUAGCAGGGUAUGAUUCUGGAGAAAAAAAGCGCAUUCCUGCAUGGUGCGAUCGAGUCUUAUACCGGGACAGCCGUCCAGAUUCAUCAUACACAUGCAGUUUGAACUGUCCUGUAGUUUCUUCAGUUUUGCAGUAUGAAGCUUGCAUGGAUGUUACAGAUAGUGAUCAUAAGCCUGUGCGUUGCAUCUUUGGUGUGGAGCUGGCUCGAGUUGACGAGCCAAAAAGAAGAAAACUGUUCGGAGAAAUUAUCAAAUCUAAUAAGAAAAUAAGGCAUAUUCUUGAAGAACAAUGCAAGGUUCCCGAUACCAUUCUCAGUACAAACAAUAUAAUUCUUCAGGACACGGAUAAAUCAAUCUUGCGCAUUACCAACAAGUGUGGGGAAGACAAAGCUCUAUUUAGAGUCGUAUGUGAAGGUCAGGGUACCAUUAAAGAUGGAAAGCAAGCAUCUAUUCACCACGCGAGAGGUUCUUUUGGAUUUCCACGAUGGCUUGAGGUGAAGCCAACGGUCGGCGUAAUAGAACCAAAUCAUAUUGUGGAGAUGUCAGUUCAUCACCAAGGAUACGAGACUUUGGAGGAAUACGUAGAUGGUGUUCCUCAAAACUGCUGGUGUGAAGACGUUCGUGACAAGGAAGUUUUAUUGGUGAUUGAAGUGAGGGGCAGCUGUUCCAUCGAGAGAAAAUGUCACAGGGUUCGAGUGCGUCACACUCAAAGCUUGUCGGACAGGUCUAUGCCAAUGGAACAGAAACCCGACAAUUCUACACGACUCCAAGCAAAUGUACUACAUCGCUCUGAUAUCAAGUGGUUGACCGGUUCACGUGACGUUGUUGACCAUUUACGCGAUCUGCACACUCCUUGAAGAAGGUGAUAGAUAAUCUUGGUUCCUGAUACAAUUUGACAAGAGAAAGCGAUUCUUGGAAAGGGCAUUCUUAUUGAGAUUUUUUGGGUCCGAGUGUAAGUGUUAAUUAUGUAUUCUUACUUUUUAUUUGAGUUGAAUGUUUGGAAGGAAGUAUUGGUAAGCUGGAGUUGUAUAGAAAGUUUUCAAAGUCUCAUAUUAAUUAAUUAAUUAAGAUGAUAAUUGGAAAUAAA